AUGUUCAACCGGAGCAACCUCCCUUCUGUACCGAGUCCCUUUGGGAACAGAUCCGAUAGUGGACGUCCCUCCCCUCAGGGAUAUUCAAACCCCAACCAAGGACCGCCACGGUAUGAUUACAGCCACGGCCUUGCCCCAAGACAAAGCGCAGGGCGAGCCCGCGACGACGAUGUGCCUAUGACUGAUGCGUAUAAUGAUUUAAGGGGAUAUGGAGCUCCACCAGCAGUAGCAGGAAGACCGUCACAGCAGAUGCCUACACGCCCACCAGUGGGCGGACGGCCAGGUGGCGGCGUCGCGGGGGGACAAACUUGGACGCUUCAUCCUAGCAAGAGCCCAAAUGACAAUUUUACAUUCGGCAAUCUCGUGGCUGUAUCACCACAGGACAUUCCGCCUUCCCGAGACGGUAACGACAUCCUCCUCCUGAUCAAUGACCUCUACGUUCUCUCCGGCCGCCCCCUCGAGGGCUUCCCUCCCGGGUAUAUUAGCAUGUCGGAUCCUCAACGUACAUGGGCCAGCGUGGGGAUGCGAGAUGCUGUUAAAGUGCAACUUUAUGACCCGUUCAGCCAGGGAGGCCAAGCUUACUUGGGAGCAGCGGACAUUGAAGUCAGCUUUGCGUCUACAAAGAAGCGAACGGAGGUGCCAUACGAUCAGGAGGAUCUCACGAACGCUGUAGUUAGAAACUUCGAAAACCAACUGCUCGCUCCGGGACAAAGGAUUCUCAUGGACCACAAGAGCAUUCCGCUCUUGUUGCUGGUAAAAACCGUUCAGCGAGUCGAUCUGACCUCGGAAAAGGUCGAUUUGAGCUCCGGGGAGAUUGAGACCCAUCCUACAGCACGAGGAAUUAUCACCCGCCAUACUCAGCUCAACUUCUUCAAAGACACCCAAACCGGAAUCAAUGUGAAGCCAUCCAAUCGCCGCCCAGCUGCCAACUCGAUUAUUCAGCCUGGUUUCAAGUUUGAGGACAUGGGUAUUGGUGGUCUGGAUUCUGAGUUCAGCACUAUCUUCCGUCGUGCUUUUGCUUCCCGUAUCUUCCCUCCUGGUCUGGUCGAGAAGUUGGGUAUUCAACACGUCAAAGGUCUUUUGCUGUAUGGACCUCCGGGUACUGGUAAAACCUUGAUUGCUCGCCAAAUCGGAAAAAUGCUCAAUGCAAGGGAACCGAAGAUUAUUAACGGCCCAGAAGUCCUGAACAAGUACGUUGGCCAGUCUGAAGAGAACAUUCGAAAGAUGUUCGCCGAUGCCGAAAAGGAAUACAAAGAGAAGGGCGAUGAGAGUGGACUGCACAUUAUCAUUUUUGACGAGCUGGAUGCUGUUUGUAAACAGCGUGGAAGCGGUGGAGGUGGUGGUACUGGUGUGGGUGACAGUGUUGUCAACCAACUUUUGUCAAAGCUGGAUGGUGUUGAUCAACUCAACAACAUCCUGCUGAUUGGUAUGACCAACCGGAAGGAUAUGAUUGAUGAAGCGUUGCUCCGACCUGGUCGUCUGGAGGUGCACAUGGAAAUCUCGCUUCCCGAUGAGAUGGGCCGCAGUCAGAUUCUCAAGAUCCACACGGAAAAGAUGCGGACGAACAAUGUUAUGGAUACCGAUGUUGACCUGGAAGAGCUUGCUACCCUAACCAAAAACUUUUCGGGUGCCGAAAUCGCUGGUUUGGUCAAGUCAGCUUCCUCCUUCGCCUUCUCGCGCCAUGUUAAGGUUGGAACGAUGGCCAGCAUCAACGAAGACGUGGUAAACAUGAAGGUCAACCGAUCUGACUUCCACCACGCUCUUGAUGAAGUGAAACCGGCCUUUGGUGUUUCUGAAGAGGAGCUUUCCAGCCGUAUCCAGUAUGGUGUGAUCCACUACUCGAAUACCAUUAACGAAAUUUUGCGAGAGGGUGAACUGUUUGUCAAGCAGGUUGGUCAGGCAGAGUCCACUCCACUGUUCUCUGUCCUGCUCCACGGCCCCCCUGCAAGCGGCAAGACGGCCUUGGCAGCACGCAUGGCCAUUGACUCUGGCUUCCCCUUCAUCAAGCUGAUCAGCCCAGAGGAUAUGGUUGGCUUCAACGAGGCUGCUAAGAUCUCGCACAUCAGCCGCAUCUUUGACAGUGCCUAUAAGAGUCAAACCAGUAUUGUUGUUGUUGACAACAUCGAGCGUAUAAUUGACUGGGUUCCUAUCGGCCCUCGCUUCAGCAACAAUGUUCUGCAGGCUCUCAUGGUCUUCCUCCGCAAGCCGCCAACUCACGGUCGUCGCCUGCUGAUCUUGGCCACGACCACCGAGCGUGCUCUGAUGAAACAAUUGGACAUCUAUAAUUCGUUCAAUUCGGAUAUUCUGGUUCCCAAUGUUCUGUCUUUCGGCGAGCUGCGGUUUGUUAUGGAAAAAUCUGGCGCAUUUGACGCGCAAGAAAUUGCCCAGGCCCUUGAGGGAGUCGGCGGUCUGGCAGAUGACGGCAAGCUCAGUGUGGGUAUCAAGAAGGUUCUCCUUGGUAUCGAAACUGCUAAGCAAGACGUGGAUAAGGUGGGCCGUUUUGUCCGUGUGAUUAAUCGGGCCAUUGAGGCAGAGCAAACCUUUGCUUAG